AUGAAAAUAGAUAUUCCAAUGCUCGUCUCGACUUUAAAAGUGUUUCUUAAGUCACUACCAACUAAUUUUAAGCUCAACAUUCUCUCUCUCGGAAACAAAAACGACUUCUUAUGGUCCCAGAGCAAGGACUACAACAACGAAACUAUCCAAGAAGCUAUGCAAUAUCUAGAGAUAUUGGAUGCAGGAUAUGGACCAAGGGAGCCGUUCGAGGCAAUUCAAGCUACUAUCGAAAAUCGAAUAGCUGAGAUACCACUGGAAAUCAUUCUCCUUACUGGUGCAAUCUCAUUUAUUUGUAAAAAGGUCCGAUAUCUAGAGCCCCUUUUACAUUAUUUUGAUGAGCAGGUGGAGAAAUCCCAAGGAAAUAUUCGAGUGUUUUGUCUUGGCAUUGGCAAUCCUGCUGCACAUGGACUGACUGAAAGAAUCGCUAGAGCAGGGAGUGGACUUUUUCGGUGUGUACAGAGUGGUGAACGAUUAGACGCAAGUGUCGUCCACAUGCUUCGUGGAGCACUUAGCCCACGGACGUGGGGUGCGGUCCUUGAUUUUGGGUGCGACGAAGAUGAUGACUUCAAGUUGAUUGAUAAGGUCACAAAGAAAUCGGAAGUUCUGCGGUCCGAGCACGAACGAUCAAACACUUCUUCCUCAUUAGUACCUGGUUCCAACAAUAAAGAUACCGAUACAUUUGAGACUUUCCAUCCGCAAAUCAUCCAGGCGCCACAUAGAAUGCCUGGCCUAUUUGCAGAAAUUAGAACAACUGUAUAUCUACUUAUUUGUCCGAGAAUCACACAGAGAAACCCAGCGUGUAUCAUUUUACGUCACUCGCCAUCUGACAGAUUACCAAUUCUCGAAAUUCCAGUCCAAGUGCUCACAGAAAAAAAACCCUACAAAUCCAUCAACUUGCGGCUCGAAAGGCAAUUCAAGAAAUUGAACAGUCCCGAGGAUGGAUGCAUAGCCAGACCACUUCCGAAACUCAAACCUUAG